AUGGAAUCCCAACAAUUACAUCAAACUCCACUAUUGUCUCAUGGUAGCGCCUAUGCUUCGGUUACUUCUAAGGAAGUUCCAUCAAAUCAAGAUCCGUUAGACGUUCCAGCUUCCAAUUUACCGGAAUUUGAUAGAGAUUCCACUAAGGUUGAUUCUCAACAAGAGACAACACCUGAGACAUCAGCUGUUCCAGAGAACCAUCAUCAUGUCUCUCCUCAACUUGCUUCAGUACCACCUCCACAGAAUGGACCGUACCCACAGCACGGCAUGAUGACCCCAAACAAAGCUAUGGCUUCUAACUGGGCACAGAACCAACGACCACCUAUGAUGACGCAUUCAUCCUGUCAAACGUCACCUGCGUAUUGUCAACCUGACCCACACUAUUCGCUGCCACAGCAUAUCCCACCAUUGAGUACUUCCUCACCUGACCCAAUCGAUUCACAAAAUCAACAUCCUGAAACGUCUCAAGCUGAAACAAAGGUGAGAAAUCACGUCUUACCACCACACACUUUAACAUCAGAAGAAAACUUCUCUACAUGGGUCAAGUUUUACAUUAGAUUUUUGAAAAACUCUGAUCUCGGUGACAUCAUUCCAAAUGACCAGGGUGAAAUAAAAAGACAAAUGACUUAUGAAGAACAUGCGUAUAUUUACAAUACCUUCCAAGCACUUGCCCCAUUUCAUUUAUUACCAACAUGGGUAAAACAAAUUUUGGAAAUUAAUUAUACUGAUAUCCUUACAGUUUGUAAAAGUGUGUUCAAAAUGCAGACUAACAAUCAAGAAUUAAAAGAUUGGAUAGCUCUUGCCAAUCUUGAGUACAACGGAAGUACAUCUGCUGAUACAUUUGAGAUUACAGUCAGCACGAUUAUUCAAAGGCUAAAAGAAAACAAUAUCAAUGUUAGCGACAGAUUGGGCUGCCAACUAAUACUUAAAGGUCUAUCCGGUGACUACAAAUACCUACGUAAUCAAUAUCGUACCAAAACGAACAUGAAACUUUCCCAAUUAUUCGCUGAAAUUCAAUUAAUAUAUGACGAGAAUAAAAUCAUGAAUCUAAAUAAACCGACCCAAUCCAAACAACACAGCGAAUACAGAAAUGUUUCUCGCACAUCUCCAAACACGACUAACACGAAGGUUACAACUCGCAAUUAUCAUUACAACAAAUAA